AUGUCAGUAUGUGUCGAAGUAUACGCGGACGGUGAACUGGAAGUAAAGCGAGGGAUUUAUCCUUUCAUGGCUUUCUUAUAUUACCCUGAUGAGUCAGUGACAGACGGUAGUGGCGCCAGAUUUCUUCGUGGCGCAGUGCUCAUCCGACCCGAGUGGCUGGUCAGCUCCGCUGUCGGCUCCAGUAUCCUAACAGAAGAAGGUUUUCCAAAAAAAACACUCCUAGCGAGACUCGGCGCAAUUACUAUUGAUACAAAUUUUACGCUUAACGAGGAUGAGGAUGAACAAGAACGAGAGGUGAUACAAAUAGUUCGUCCAUACAACCACAGUGCGACGCAGUGGUGGCGCACAGAUAUCUCGUUGAUGAAGGUGCUACUGCCAUUUAAUAUGACUUCAGCUGUGGGCAUCGCUAACCCCAGCCUUAAACGAGAGAUCACCGAGAAGACUUGCACCAUACUCGUUUUUGCCAAAAAAGAUGGCAACUUGAGUGAAGAAAGAAACUUAAUGCAGUUAACUGUAGAACUGCUACCACCUUCAAUCCAGGACUGUGGUUCUCACUUUGUCAGUAACACAAUGACCUGUGCUUCUCACUCAGAUGAUAACAAGAACGCAUUGUAUGAUCCCAAUUUUUGCCAAGGAAACAGUGGUGGACCACUUAUUUGUGAGCAAGAAGUAGUGGGAAUUCAAACGUACAUUGAUAAUGAUUGCAAGCAGCCACAUCUAUACCAGCUGUUGUCUGCGUGGGAAAACUUUAUCUCAUGCGGCACAGAAGACAAGUGCCACACUGAGCAGUGCACGAAUAUUUGUGACGUAACCGACAAAGAUCCGCCUCCACAAGACGCUAUUGUUCCAGAAACUACUACUGCUACACCCAGCGUAAGUUUGAUAGAGACUACGAUAGCUCCUGUUCCCGUCGUUACUUCGUCCGUUCCAGAGACCACAAUAGACAGCGAAAGUGAAGCUUCAAGUACGAUAAUACCGUCUGCAGCACUAUCAGAAGAAAUAAUAACAACAGGACAUUCAUCGUCAGUGCAAGAGCCCUCCCCCACUCAUUCAGUAUCUGAAACAGAGAGCACUGAAACGAAGGCCUGGCCAAAGGCACAUACAGAUGAGCGUAAGAAACUUGAAGAAGGAAAUUUAGAAAACACGGAUAGGAAGCCAAGUGUAGAAGCUCAACAACACGAUGGAAACGUCAGAGUGCGCAGUGCCGGCCAAAGCAGUGCGCCUAAUAUUGGUCAGGCGGGAGGGAGUGUCAGACUCUUACUGACUAAAAACCCCCCUGUUCCUACUUCUGCUCUAGGCCGAGGUCGCGGUGCCUCAUUGCGCUUACCCCGCAACCCCGGCUGGACAUCAGCCCUAUAG